AAAAGGAACAGAUAUUUUUUCUCAUCAACUUUUAAAAUGGGUUUUAACGUGUUUCGGGAAGGGGACUCGUUGUAUGCACUGGAUACACAUGCUACGGUUUAUUGCAAUGGGAACAUUUGAAGAAUGACAAAAAGAAACUCGUCGGUUUUUCACGUGAUCGAUCACGUGGCUUAUCACAUUCAUUCAUCGUGUUUUAUCGUGUCAUAAUAUCCCAGCAUGCAAAACGCAAUAAGGUAGCUUAUGAUGUGUCUCACCAGAUUCAGGAAUUGAGAUAAAACGGGUCACUUAGCUAGCCUGCUCUCACAAUGUAAAAGAAUAGAAAGGUCCUUCAGACCGGUUCUUUCAAGGUGAAUUUGAUUAGUAAUAAAUCUGAACUCUUCUUUCUUGUUUUUGUUUGACCAUAAACUCUAGGCACGACCUCGAGUGGCUUAUACUCUUAAUUAAGGGGUGUCUUUAGUAAUUGGUCUAAACGCAUCAGCCUACUGCACUGCCAUAUUUGUACAAAGAGAUUUCGUAGGGCAAAUAAUGUCACCGACCGUAUAGAGUUUUCAAAGGUGAUCAGUUAUUCUGGCUUGAUCUGGAAAGUGGUUCCCCUAAACGAAGGAGAAAAACAAAGCACAUCCCAAACAAUCAGGAACAAGCACUUUGUACUAUGGCCUUAUUGAAGCAAUUAGCGGGAUUCGUAUUUGUUAUCCUCAGCAUCAUAGCUCAAAUUGCGUCUAAAAAAAGUGUUGUCAAAGAGAGUAGUCAAAUGGAUCGAUCUGAAAUCAUUAACGCCACACGACUACAAGAGCGCAUGCUCAGUUCCUCCAACUACGACCGCAAGGCCAGACCUAACGCAGGCAAGGAGCCCCUAGACGUGUAUCUAAGUAUUGGAGUCCAGGCCUUCACGAGCAUCAAAGAAACCAAUAUGGAGUUUACCACAUCACUGUUUUUACGUCAAGAAUGGACAGAUAUCAGAUUGGCCCAUGGUCUGGACGGGACCAUAUCACUAGGAGGCGUGGAGGUGAACCAAAUCUGGCGACCCGACACCUAUAUCAAUAACAACAACGACUAUGAACUACACGUCGAGAACCAGCUGGCUCUGAUCUCAAAGUACGGAGAUGUGUACUUUAGUGCAAGAAUGCUGGUGCGUGCAUCCUGCCAGAUGUAUUUGCAGAACUUUCCCAUGGAUGUGCAGAAGUGCUCCCUUGUGUUUGAAAGCUUUGCCUACACAAACGAUCACGUGGCGUUUCACUGGAAGGGACGCAACCCCAUCACGAUCUUUAACAAAGAGCUGUCUGAGUUUGACAUGGAGCAAUGGCUGAUUGAAGAAGUCGACAUGACGUAUGUCGCAGGGAAAUACCGCAAUCUUAAGGUAACCUUUAUAUUCCGUCGUCGAUUGGGGUUCUACCUUAUCAACUUCUACGUGCCGUGCGUUGUCAUGGUGAUCAUGAGUUGGAUCGUCUUUUGGAUGGAUAGUAGCUCCAUCGGGGAGCGCAUCUCCUUGGGUAUAACUACCAUACUCACCAUCGUGUUCCUGCUAGGCUCAAGUAACUCCACCAUGCCUCGUGUAAGCUACCCUAAGAUGAUCGACUGGUACCUGAUGGGCUCGUUUCUAUUCGUGUUCACCACUCUGAUCAUGUGCCUCUUGAUCUAUCUGCUGGACAAGAGGACCAAGAAGGUGCGGAAGGACCGCCCGCUCGAGGCGAAGACACAGACGUACACGGUAACCAACUCCGCCGUGACCGCACCUACAGCAACGGAAGAAGCAGAAGCACGAGCCCGCAUAUCGUACUACAUCGCGGACGCGCAGGGCGCGGUCUACCCCAUCAUGCGGAACCGCACCCAAACAAGCAUCCCAAACAAGCGAGCGAGCAUGAUCCUGAGCCCGCAUUUCGCCAGGUCCUUCUGCGGUCUGCCCAACCUGACUCACAAGAACCUUGGCGUGGUGUGUAACCAAGUGUGCCGCGCCCUGUUCCCCAUGGCCUUCCUUAUCUUCAACGCCGUCUACUGGGCGGCACUGGCGUCCUAGGGGAACUGAAGGCGUAUAUCGUAGAUCAUAAACUUGUAAGUAGUCGGAUUGAAGGAUCAGAAGUAAGACGAUUUACUCCCAUAGCUCCAAAUGAGAUGCUACAGAGAGUGUAAUAAAGCUGUAAUGGAAGACCUAUGUUGAAGGAAUCGACCAUUUAGCAAUAGUCAGUAUUACAUAACUCAUUCAAAAAGACACAUUGUAAAAAGACAUGUACACCAGCAGAAGAUGGAGGUUUGGGGUCCAAUAAUUAUAAUAAAAAAGAUUUAGUUGACCAUACUCUGCUCAGAUGAGCUUUCAGCGUUCAUGGGUUUUCUGUGUACAUAACAAGUGGUCGACACAGAAAGCUCUGCCAAGAGAGUAACUUGACAACAGUGGGUGAAAGAGCGCCGAGAAGGCACUAGAGAAAAAAAAAACAUUUUAUCUUCAUGUCAACGAUGUUAGGGUAAAUAGCUCUUCAGAAUAAUAUGUUUUCAACGAUAUCAUACUCUCAUCAACAAAAAGUGAAUUAAAAAGAAAAACAAAACAAAAAUAAGUGAGCUGAGUCUAGUAAGAGCUGAACACGCAAGAAUCCAAAA